AUGGGCUUUGUACAGCGUUUGCUCAAGAACCUUCCCUCAGCUCCAUCCGGGCCCUCUCUUGAAGACUGGAAGGAUGAAAAACCUAAGGCACUGUCACGACUAUCGUUCUUUCGGAGGCGAAUCAGGCUAAAAGGAAACUCAUCCAUAUCCAUACCACUAGGCUUUUUGCUGCUUUUCCCCAGCCUGGUGGUGUUAUUGAUUCUCAUCCUCGUGGUAAAGCAUCCAAGUUCACCGGGACGCAUAUUAGUCCCAGCUGGGACCCCUCCUUCUAUCCGGAAAAUUAGCGAAAAACACGACCGAGUAUUCGCAACAGGGUGUCUGAAUCCCGAAGAAGCCGCGAAACAGCCGCGUGCCAAUGCCGCUUUCGUUGUCCUGGCCCGAAAUAAGGAGUUAGACGGAGUCAUCCAAUCAAUCAAGAGUAUCGAACGACAUUUCAAUCGAUGGUUUCAUUACCCUUAUGUGUUUCUGAACGAUGGGGAAUUUGAACAGGUUUUCAAAGAUACUAUUACGAAUUACACUAGCUCUCCGGUCGAAUUUGGCAAGAUUGAUGCAACAAUGUGGGGAUAUCCGGACUGGGUCGAUCACGAGGUAGCAAGAGAAGGGAUUCGCAAACAGGGAGAUGCAGCAAUCAUGUAUGGCGGCAUGGAAAGCUACCAUCACAUGUGCCGUUUUUAUUCGGGCUUCUUUUACAAACAUGAGUUGUUGCACAAAUAUGAGUGGUACUGGCGCCUCGAACCGGAAAUCAAAUAUUUCUGCGACAUCACCUACGACCCAUUUAUCGAAAUGGCCAAGGCCAACAAGACGUAUGGUUUCACCAUUGCCGUCAAAGAGUUGAAGGAGACUGUCCCCAAUAUCUUCCGCUACGCGUCAGCCUACAAGCGGAAGAACAACCUCAAGUCUCAAGGGCUGUGGGAAAUGUUUAUCGAACCCCAGCCGGAGAAGGAAACCACCCCAGAUGAGAAAAGAGCCAAAACAUUACCCGACGAAAUUUUGCAGACGGAGCCUGGGCACCAAAAUAUCGAGGACAUAGACCCUGAAUCCAUGGAGGGUGAGAAAUACAACAUGUGCCAUUUCUGGAGCAACUUUGAGAUUGCCAGGCUCGAUUGGUUCAGAAGCAAAGAGUACAACGACUUUUUCGAAAUGAUGGAUCGGAGUGGAGGAUUUUGGAUGGAAAGAUGGGGAGAUGCCCCCAUUCAUUCUCUCGCCGCGGGUGCUCUCCUAGCACCUCGUGACAUCCAUUAUUUCCGUGAUUUUGGUUACCGUCACACCACGAUCCAACAUUGUCCUGCAAAUGCACCGGCGAGACAACUUCCACGAAUCCCAUGGCUGGAGAAGACAACUGAGGACGAGAAAGAACGACAGGAAGAGGACGAAUAUUGGGCAACACCCGAUCCGCCUAAGGAGAACGGUGUUGGAUGUCGUUGUCGAUGCGACACCGAUAUUCGAGAUGUGGAAGGGAAAGAAGGGAGCUGUCUUGCCGAAUGGGUAGAAGUCGCUGGUGGUUGGGCUUCGCCUUAA